AAAACCUUUCCCCAACUCCCCCGUCUCACUCUUCCUUCUACAGAGCCAUUCGAUCCUCUCCCCCCUCUCUGUCAAACCGCCACGACCACCGCCACCGAUGACGACCUCUCGCCCGCCGUCGAAGCCUCUCGACCUCGACAUCACGAUCGUCUCCGCCAAGCACCUGAAGAACGUCAACUGGCGCCACGGCGACCUCAAGCCCUACGCCAUCUUCUGGGUCGACCCGGACCGCCGCCUCGCCACCAAGUCCGACGACUCCGGCUCCACCAGGCCCGUCUGGAACGAGCGCUUCCUCCUCCCCCUCCCCCCUCUCCACGACCCCUCCUCCUCCCUUAACCUCGAGAUCUUCCACUCCAAACCCUCCGACACCCCCAAACCCUUAGUCGCCACCCUCCGCGUCCCCCUCUCGGACCUCCCCGACCCGGACGACUCCGCCCGCAUCCGGACCUUCGAGCUCCGACGCCCCUCCGGCAGACCCCACGGCAAGAUCCGGAUAAAGCUCGCCCUCCGCGAACGACCUGUUCCAGAUUACCAUAUUACCCCUCCCCCGAACUAUUACUACUCCACUGCUCCUCCCCCUCCUCCACGCGACUACAGGGGAUACUCUACUGCGCCGCCGGCACCGUCUCCGCCGCCGCCGACGUACCCUUACGGCGGCGGCUACGCCGAUCCGUACUCGAGUUAUUACUCGGGAGGAUACUACUCCUCUCCGCAGCUGCCACCGCCGCCUCCGCGGCCGUUCUUCGAUCGGCAGUCGACUAGUUACGGUGGGCCCAGUGCGCCGGUGGAUUACGCUCCGUACGAUCAGAAGCAGAAGGGCGCGAAGAUGGGCGGGUUCGGAACGGGGCUGGCGGUCGGAGCCUUGGCAGGGGGUGUGGGAGGACUGGUUUUGGAUGAAGGGUUGAAGCACGAGGAGGAUAAGGUUGCGGAGAGGGUGGAGAGCGAUUUGGCUUCGCGCGAUGAGUACAGCGAUUACCGGGUGGAUUAUGGGUAUAAUUGAAAGUCCAGUGGUUAUGGUAAGGUCUGUUGGCUUAUGGUUUUAAGUUAGUUUUGGAGUUGCUGGUGGAUACGUCGUAUGUAUAUAUAGUCUCUACCUUGAUUUGGGUUUUCUAUUAUGUGCUUGGCUGUUUGAUGAGGCAAGCAGAGAAAGGAUUUAUCGAUGGACGAUUGACUUAAUAUAUAAGUGUGAAUCUUCUGCUUAAGGAAUAAAUUCGUUGUAUCCA